AUGGAGAAUUCAAAUCCCCAGAAAAAUCCCGCAAAACGGCUUCAAGAAAUAUAUGCCGAGCUUUUCCGCCCAAAAACGAAGAUCACCAAGCCAAAACGGAAACAAAAUCUGAAGUCUGAGGUUGGUCCCAUGAAGAUUGACAAAAAACUUUCUCCUCCUCCCCCUCUACCUCCUUUGCCGGCUGGAGCUGCUCCCCCGGUUGUUCCUCUGCUUUCCAAUCAACCAUCGCCCAUUUUGGAUGUUACGCCGCAGGUUGUUCAUCAUCUUUCAGAGCGCAUUUGUGAACUAGACUUCAACAAACCAGGAGGAGAAAAGGAAAAUACCAUUUGA